AUGAGUGACUGUGAUGCUGUACACUUAGAUGUCAGUGUGAGGAAGGGGCAUGAGCUGGUGAACAUCUAUUGCCCCGUCGUGGUCUCCAAUGCAGGGCUGUUCAACACCUAUGAGCACCUACUGCCGGGGAAUGCCCGCUGUCUGCCAGGUGUGAAGCAGCAGCUGGGGAUGGUUCGGCCUGGCUUAGGCAUGAUGUCUGUUUUCAUCUGCCUGCGAGGCACCAAGGAGGACCUGCAUCUGCCGUCCACCAACUACUAUGUUUACCAUGACACGGACAUGGACCAGGCGAUGGAGCGCUACGUCUCCAUGCCCAGGGAAGAGGCUGUGGAACACAUCCCUCUUCUGUUCAUCGCUUUCCCAUCAGCCAAGGAUCCGACCUGGGAGGACCGAUUCCCAGACCGGUCCAGCAUGAUCAUGCUCAUACCCAGCGCCUACGAGUGGUUUGAAGAGUGGCAGGCGGAGCUGAAGGGAAAGUGGGGCAGUGACUAUGAGACCUUCAAAAACUCCUUUGUGGAAGCCUCUAUGUCAGUGGUCAUGAAACUGUUCCCACAGCUGGAAGGGAAGGUGGAGAGUGUGACUGCAGGAUCCCCACUCACCAACCAGUUCUAUCUGGCUGCUCCCCGAGGUGCCUGCUACGGGGCUGACCAUGACCUGGGCCGCCUGCACCCCCGUGUGAUGGCCUCCUUGAGGGCCCAGAGCCCCAUCCCCAACCUCUACCUGACAGGCCAGGAUAUCUUCACCUGUGGGCUGGUCGGGGCCCUGCAAGGUGCCCUGCUGUGCAGCAGUGCCAUCCUGAAGCGGAACUUGUACUCAGACCUUAAGGAUCUUGGCUCUAGGAUCCAGGCACAGAAGAAGAAGAAUUAGUUCCAUCAGGGAGGAGUCAGAGGAAUCUGCCCAAUGGCUGGGGCAUCUCCCUUGACUUACCCAUAAUGUCUUUCUGCAUUAGUUCCUUGCACAUAUAAGGCACUCUAAUUUGGUUCUGA